ACGAAGCCGGGUAGGGGCGGGCUUGGCCACCUCGGGCCCCUCGGGCUUCCCCCGGGGGGUGCAGCCACGGGAGGGUAGGGAGGAUGCCCUGAUGCCCGGGUUAGCGGCGCUGAGCGUGGCGGCGGCUGCUCUGGUGGCUGCCUUGUUCCUACUGCGGAGUGAAGACGCGGGCCCGGGGGCUGCCCCCAGCAUGGACGAAACCGAGGCGCUGCCGAAGCUUCGGGAAGACUUCAGGAUGCAGAAUAAAUCCGUCUUCAUUCUGGGCGCCAGUGGAGAAACCGGCAGAGUGCUCUUAAAACAAAUUCUGGAACAGAGCUUGUUUUCCAAAGUCACACUCAUUGGCCGGAGGAAACUCACGUUCGAUGAGGAAGCUUAUAAAAAUGUGAAUCAAGAAGUAGUGGACUUUGAAAAGUUGGAUGUCUACGCCUCUGCCUUUCAAGGUCACGAUGUUGGAUUCUGUUGCCUGGGAACCACCAGGAAAAAAGCCGGAGCGGAGGGAUUUGUUCGUGUUGACCGAGAUUAUGUGCUGAAGUCUGCAGAGCUGGCCAAAGCUGGAGGGUGUAAACAUUUCAACUUGCUGUCCUCCAAAGGAGCUGAUAAGUCGAGCAAUUUUUUAUAUCUACAAGUUAAGGGAGAAGUGGAAGCCAGGGUUGAAGAAUUAAAAUUUGACCGUUACUCAGUAUUUAGGCCUGGGGUUCUGUUAUGUGAGAGACAAGAAUCUCGCCCAGGUGAAUGGUUGGUUAGAAAGUUCUUUGGCUCCUUACCAGAAUCUUGGGCCAGUGGUCACUCUGUGCCUGUGGAGACUGUGGCUAGAGCAAUGCUCAACAAUGCCGUGAGGGUGAGCAACCAGAAGGUGGAACUUCUGGAUAACAAGGCCAUCCAUUACUUGGGGAAAGUUGAUGCCUCUCUCAAGCCAUGACAACACUGGAGAAAUGCUAUUAUUGUAAACUUUAACACCCUCCACUAAAUUGGUAAUUUCAGGAUCUAAAAAAAUUCAGCAUAUUUUCACUUUGUUGUUUCACUCUUCUCAGCCACUCAGAUCCUCUCAACAGAGGACUGUGCCUUGCAUCAGGAGUUCAGAGCCUGGUUAUACGUACAGAUUGCCCAGGGAACUUUUGAAAAAUAAAGGUUCAUAGGCCCUACCUCAAACCUUCUGGAUCAGAAUUUUUGAGGUAUGGGCACAGGAAUCUGUAGUUUUCUUUCGUUUAAACUUCCCCUGGUGGUUCUGAUGCCAGUAGUUGGGAGGCCAGCUUUGACUUGCUUGUCUGCAGAGUCACAGCAGCAGUGAAAACCUUAUGUAUCAUGCAAAUGAGCUCUGUUCUAAAAUUGUUGACAUUCACGCCUCUGGGUGCUAAUUAACUACAUGUUAUUGUGUCAGUGAAUAUUGUGCCUUUGCUACUUCUUUAGAAAAUAUAAUAAAAGUUAUAUCUAAGCUUAUAUAAUUCAUGGGGAAAAUUAAAUAAAGGAAUGACAAUAAUUAAAUCCUA